GAUUCGGAAAAUCAAAUUUCGGAUUCCCGAUUGACAAUCAUUUUAAAAACAAGUAAAAUUCGGGGUGCAAGGCGGUGAGGAAGAUAGUCAGAUAGACAUGAUAUUAAGCUGCAGCCCUGCAGGUCUCUCAUCAGAUUCGACAUAGCUUAUAAAUUCACCAACACUUUUCUGCUUCAAAAAUCCAGGCCAUUUCUCCAGAGAACACACUGUUUAUUUCAUGGUUUGAAUAAUAGUAACCGCAAAGCUGCUAUUUCUUUGAAUGUUAUGGAAAGUUCUGCGAACCGAAAGAAAACUAAAAUAGUUACUACUACUGUGUGGAGACCGGUCUCUACUCAGGCCAAUUCGAGUGAGGAUUGUAUGAUGAAUGAUCAAGUUUCUGCAGAGUUAGAACUUGAUAAUCAAGUUGGAGAAGUGCAAGACAUAAUGUCUAACUCUGUUUCGGAUAAUGAACGAGCUCGUGUUGAAGCUGGAGCAGCUAAUGAAGUAGUUGCUUCUGAACAUACUAGUUCUUCUGUCUUGAAGAAAGAUGAUGGCGAUUUACUUGCAGAGGGAUCGAUGUCUUCGGGAGAGAAGCAUAGUAUCAGAAUAGAGGCAGCAGCUCCCAUGAUUAGAUUUAUCAGAGAAAAAGAGAAUUCAACCUGGAAAAAAAUUGAAGAGGAGAUAGGAGUUAAGAUAAUAUUUCCACCGGGAAAGAAGGAGUAUAUCACCAUUGAAGGCAUUUCUGCAGAGUGUGUAACAACAGCUUCAGAAAAAUUUCAAAUCCUGAUCAAAGAGGUAAUCAAAAGCCCUGCGCUUAACUACACCCACUUUGUAUCGCUGCCCUUAGCUAUACACCCUCAACUGGUUGAGAAGCUUUUUCAUUUUCAAAACUCGAUAUUAGGGAUUAGCAGUAAGAACGAAGUUACAUGUCUGGAUGAUGAUAAUAAUCAAGAUACUUCAGAUGAAGAAAGCAGGGAGAUACCAUCAGAUAGAGCACACGUUGUUGCAGUAAAUCUAAAAGCUGAAGAAGGCAAUAAAAAUCCUAAAGCAGGUCCACCUAGGGCAUCGAAAUCGUCUAAGCUGGAUGAGAAGACAACUGCCUUAUCUGCACUGGGGAUUGACAAAUCCAUUUUUAUUAAGCCAAAAACAUUUCAUUUAACGGUCCUCAUGCUGAAGCUGUAUAACAAGGAUCUAGUUGAUGUAGCUGCAAAUGUGUUGCAGAGUCUCUCCUCAAAAAUAAUGCAUGCCUUGGAUGGCCAACCAGUUGCUGUGCGAUUAAAGGGAUUGGACUGUAUGAGAGGCUCUUUUGCAAAAGCUCGUGUUCUCUACGCUCCUGUAGAAGUAAUUGGUGGUGAAGACCGACUUUUGCGUGCUUGUCAGGUCAUUAUUGAUGCAUUUACUGAAGCUGGUCUAGUUCUAGAGAAAGAUGCACGCCAGAAGCUGAAGUUGCAUGCCACUGUGAUGAAUGCAAGUCACAGGAAAAGGAAUAAAUAUUCAAGAAGGGCUGAUACUUUUGAUGCUCGCGGUAUUGUCGAGCAAUUUGGAUCUGAAGAAUGGGGAGAAUAUCUUAUCCGUGAAGCUCAUCUUUCUCGAAGGUUUGUGUAUGAUGAAAAUGGUUACUACCAAUGUCGUGUGUCUAUUCCUUUCCCAGAAAAAUCUGAGUAGAUUAUCAAGGUCCUGGUCAUCAUUUGACUCGGUAGAUUGUUGAAACCAAGUUAGCAACUUCAAUUGCAGCAUAAAUUCUGUGUUGUACAGUUAGUGGAGUCUUGUUGUAGCCUAUGGCCAUAGUAAAUAGAAACCGAGGGAGCAAAAAUAUGAAUAAAUUAGAACCAAGUACUAGUCCUGUUUAUUAUGCUCGUAAUAUCAGAGCUCAACACUUUCGACAAGAAAAGAUGCUCAUUUGCUCAAGUUGAAGAAGAUGUGGUUCAGGUUUUUCUUUUCUGGAAACAUAGAAAUAGAAACAAGUCCUAGUUCAACACCUUGGAUGAGAAACGGAUGUUAAAGAAGAUGGGUUUAAGUUUUUCUUUUUGUGUCUUGUUGGCCGGACUAACAAUAUUUUGUAUGCAUAAAAUAUUUUUGUCUAUACGAGUUCUUU